AUUUUAUUCUUUGUUAACUUUUAUGUAUACCCAUUUAUGUGAUUUAAAGUUAGAAAAUGUAGAACGUUUUAGCCAUUCGUUUUACGUUGGCCUUAUUGGUCGGAGCUAAAAGUUUCGAACUGUAGUAAUUUAAUGCCAUUACAAUGUCUAGUUCAGGGUCUUCUAUAAAGUCAGUAUUCGGGCGACGACGAAGUAACAUAGAACUCGAGCAGCUUUUGGACCAUGACAGUAUGGAUAUCGGAAACGGAGAAAAUGACCCCUUUCUUCCCGGUUCAAGCGGUGGUGUAGACUCUUACUGUUCAGAUACAGUCCUGGGUGAUGGGUAUAUUGAAAAGUUUGAACUGAAAAAGCUCAAAAAAGAAAAUACUGGCGACCAACCGGAUGAAUUAGUUAACGUAGUCCCAGAUUAUUUGACAGUAAGUUCAGGAAGUAAUUCUCAUAUUGAUGGGGAGAAUUCCGGUAACACCGAGUCUUACAGCUCAAAGAUGGUGGGAUUUACGUUAAAUGAAUCCACGAACAAAGCUUCAGCGACUUCCCCAAAAGAACUCUAUGAACCAUCAAAUUCAGGCGAAUCAGGGUUUCGAUCAUUGGAUAAUAGCGGACCCGAAAGAUAUCCUUUCUCAGAUACCAACUCUGACUCUAUCACCGAUACCACUGGUAAGUCCCAAAACGGCUCAGAGACUUUGCCAAAAGAGCCCUAUAACGUAUCAAGUAACGAACCAGGGUUUGUACCGAGCCACCUAAGCCAUAAUUUACGGCUAAGAAGCCAAGGUAGAGAAGUUUUUCCAUACCCCGAAAAUUCAACUACGUCAGUAAAGGAGCCCGUUUCUCCCAAUCAUUCUCAUAAUACCCCGACGAAUAACAUUUCCGAUAUAGCCAGUCUUCCCCAAUCUCAAUCAGACCCCAGAAUUUCUCUAAGGACACCCAGAACUGCAGCGGCCGUCGACAGUAUGCCUAGACCCGAAGGAGAAUGGACUUUGACCCGUCAAGUCAUGGAAGUCAAAAUCACUACUUAUAUGACGUCAGAGCGCCACACAAUCACUUGCAUCGUUCCUGUGGUAAAGUCAUGCCCUCAAGAAACUGGAGACGAUCUCCACAUAGCUAUCAACAUGACACCGCAGUGUGACGCGUCCUCUGUGCUUCUGGAAUGCGCUAAGCAAUGUAAUAUGGAACCUUUGUAUGCGAAUAUGUUCGGGCUAUGGAAUCCUUCUAACGAAUCGUGGAUUUUAAUUUCGGAUUUACUUACUCCAGAAGAACAUCAAGAAAGAUUAGAAUUUAGAGUGAGAUUCACAGUACGAGCAAGUGGGGAGCAAAACGCCUGCAGAAUUCAGAGCAUUCGGGGUCAAGAUGAACCUCUACCUAUGAUGAGUAAUAAUAUCAUCAAAUAUCUUUACAAUCAAAGACUACACGACUUUCUGAAGAGUUACCCCAUCAAAAAGGAAAAGGAAAAUGACUGGGCAAAGCAUAUUCUACCGGAGAUGAGCGAGGAACCAAAUCUACUGGACGACAAAGUCCUCGUUGCGGCCUUGUUUCAAAGAAUUGUGAAGGAUUACGACAACAUUGACGAACAUUUUGAUUUGGACCAGGAAGACAUUCUGGAAACUUUACCUGAGUCAAGCAAGAAAGCUUUGAAAACGUCUGGUUGGUUCAGCUUUUUAUACAAUUAUCCUCAUCGCUAUAUGAUAAGAAAGAGAUUCCAUCAGUACUUGAAGCACAUUGACGGAAAACUCGUCAAGAAACUUUUGGUAUCGUAUUACCAACAAAAAUACAUCACACAUUUGGACUCUCUGGAGCCGCAUUUCAACACCGAAGUAUUUUAUUUUGCUGGUGGAAUCGGUGCGAUCUCUGUAAACGGUGACAGCGGUGUGAUAUUUGCAGUUAAAGAUGCAAAUUUAAUGAAAAACGUCUUAGAAAGGAAACCUGAAGAAGGCGCAUCAUGCGGUCUAAAAAUCAUCAAAAAUGACAGCAAAGAAGAUGAAGACGAUAAAAUUUGUGAUCAGCAACCAAUAACAACUCUAACCGUAGACUUUAAAGACUUCGGAGAUGUGACGCUUAUGGAUGAUGUCGUUCAUAUGAGCGAUAUACUUGGACAACAAUUGACUUUAUCAUUCGAAGACAACAAUUCAGCACGUUCGUUCUUGGAAUGUAUAGAGGGUUACUAUAAAUUACUGGUUAACCCGUAUUGCUACUUGUCUUCUACCAGCAGUCGGACUUUGUCUAAAAUGGUUCACGGACCAGUUACGGAAAAAUACCUCCGGAACAAACUUGCCUCUGAUGAAAGAACUCAUGUGUGCGGAUAUCGACAGACAUCGUAUGAUGAUUACGAAAUGGUUAUCAAGAUACCAAAGGAUAGCGAGAGCAUCUUCAAAUGCGAGUCAAUCAAACAAGAUGGCGAUACUGGUGCAUUAAAAUUGGGCAGUCUUCAGGAAAGUUUCUCGACUAUUGAUGACGUCAUCACAUUCUUCCAAUCAAAUCGAUGCAAUGCCGCUUAUGGUAAUGACGUCAUACUAGCACUCAGAAAUAUCGUCAGACCAAAGAUGACAGGCUGUGACAAAUCUGGACUGACUGUUCAGCGCUCGAAACCUCCUCCAUCUGAGAUUGAUGAGGAUCCUCGACCAAGAACAAUACAACUGAAAGAUAUUUCUUAUACACUGUAUCAAACCGAACCAGACCGGUAUACUGAAUCUUCUGUCAGAUACUGGACGGGGUCUUCAAGUUCAACGAUGCGUGAAGUGAAUAACAAUGGCGAUAUGGAAGACGACCAAGAUUGUAGCGACGAUAGGAAGGAGAAACGCAAACUUGUUGUCCAUUCUAGUAUAUAUUCAAAGGAAUAUCGAAUAUUGGAUGAACUCAAUACGUCCAUACAAUGUGCAGUGAAGAAGCAUUACGUCGUUCGUUAUCACUGUAACAUUGCUCGACAACUUGGAGCGACAGAUUGUGGAUCUGUUUUCGAAUAUUCUGAAUCCGGGAAUAUCGUUGAGUACUUCAAACAUCGCAUAAUGACAAAGGGCUUGGUGAAUGACGGAGGAGUAAUAGGAUAUCAUCUUAUACAGAUAUUCUACCAAUUAGCUCAUGCGCUUCGCUACUACGAAUCAAAGAAUCUUGCAUAUGGAACGUUGAACGCAUCUAAAAUUAUUUUGUUUCGUUGUCCACCUGCAAACCCGUUGAUCAAGUUAAAUUAUUCUGGUAUUACAUCCAGCACAGUCUCAUUGCCAAGAGAGGAACGGAGCCCAGAGAAUCAAAUAUUACAAGAAUUCGCAACAUUAGAGUCACCGUGGGUCGCCCCUGAAUAUUGUACAAAUGAUAACUCUGAACCUCGUCAGAAGGAGCCGACAAAUGGUGGAGAUGUCUGGAGUUUCGCUACCACAAUUUGUGAAAUUUUACAUUUGGCUCAAAAGGGAAGAUCAUUCGGUAAAAGAAAGAUUGCACCAGCAUAUGAGACGAGUGAAGAAUUGAUGGCACAACACCAAACAGAAAUCCAAGUUAUACCAGACUGGCUCGAUUGUUCCAGGGCAAGCGGUAAACGGUCUACAGAGCGCUUUAGUGCCAUCUUGCGGCAAUGCUGGAGCAAAGAUCCUGAACAACGACCAAAAUUCCACACGAUACUACAGUCAUUGUCUGAAUUGAUGCAUCACGAAGUGGGAGGGAAUAAGUUUUUCCUAACUCCAACCAGUCGUACAAUCUCUCCAGGACAAAUACUACAACGAUUGAAACGCUAUAAUCCAAGUGAUUUGCAUUUUGUGAAGAAUUUAGGAUCGGGGCAUUACGGCAUGGUUGAACAAUACAGAUACAAAAACACAGACAAAUUUUUUGCAAUUAAAAGUAUCAAAGGAGAUCUCACGCGAGAACAACUUAAAAACUUUCACAGAGAAUUACAAACAAUGGCAGAUCUUAAACAUGAAAACAUUGUCAAAGUAAAAGGAUUCACAACAAGUACAAGACGCCAUCAAAUCGUUUUAGAAUAUCUCCCCGGUGGUGACAUUAAGAAAUUCCUAGACAGGGAAGGUCAAUGGAAUAAUAAAUGUCUUCUGAUUGGAUUUUGCAUGGACAUCGCAGAGGGCUUAAGGGCAUUGCACAUUAAAGGAGUUCUGCAUCGAGACCUUGCUCCACGCAACGUUCUUGUUGGAACACGAGAAGAUGAAAGCUAUAUCGCAAAAAUAUCAGAUUUCGGUUUGUCCGGACACUUCAAGGAGACUAACAUAGAUUACUUGUCUCACAAUGAUCAAAGCUAUUUUGAUGCAUUUCCAAUAUUAUGGUAUGCACCAGAAUGCCUGGACCCAGAUCAACCACCAAUACCUAAACUAGAAAACUACACUUACAACGCCGACAUUUGGAGCUACGGUCUCACCAUAUGGCAACUUUGGUGUCCCAGGGCGCAAAUGAUUUGUCCUCGUGACCUAUAUAUGUGGGUGGAAGAAUUGAAGAGCGGCAAGAAAAUGUGUAAAAUGUCUCCACGGCCCCCCAGAGAGAUAGAAGAACUGAUGUACAAAUGCUGGGAACUCAAGCCAGAAGAUCGAAUCAAUUUGGAUAAUAUUGUCGAGCGACUGAAACAUUUGAAGCAACUUUACGCUUCUCCAACUAGUCUCAACCUACGUUGAGGCGAUCACCACAAAGCGCAAUGUUGACUCAUCUAUCAUUUGUGCCUUUGCCCCCAUCUAGCGGUCUUGUACUUGCCUCAGUGAAACUUGAUAAAAGAGACUGUUUGCAAUAUAUACACUGUCUGUAAGUUUUUUAUUCCCGUCCACAUUCCGUCGUAUGCCCAAUUAAAUACAUAGUACAGGCCCCAGGAAGCCGUUAAGGUUCCGUUCAGAAUACAGGCGGAUAUAACGUUUAUUCCGGACCGACCGAAAAUCCGAAUCCGGGUUCAAAAAAUAAACACCUAUUACACAACCUAUGGUUUUUCUGAUGAAAAUUUCGACUUUUAAGAAGUAUGAAAUGCUUUUGACGCUCGAUUCCUAUUUUGACGGAUACGUACCUAUAAAUAUCCCCGUACAAUUCCGUUCCAAUACGGUCAAAUACGAAAAACUCUACUCAUUUACGAAUCGGCAAAUCCUACUAAAAUUGACCGCGUUAAUGCCUUUUGAUUUAAAGGGGAGCCCGAGUUAGAAUAGAUUCAAAUUUUAUCGUCCAAUGAUGCUUUACACAGCUAAGGGCAAGAAACCUUUGCGUAAAACUAACAAUAUAAUCCAUGAAAUACUCAGAUUAUUUCUUUUAGCAGAGACUUUUGUUGAAAUUAACUUUCUAUUAGUAUUAGUGGAAAUCUGUCUUCGUAUAUUUUUACUAUUUUGUUUAUUAUUUUUGACCUCAUUAUGAUGGUAUAAAAAAAACAAUUCUCAUGUGCUAAAGAGGAAUGACACAAGCAUGUUGAAUGCAGCCUGUCUCAAAAAUAUCGCAUCUCGCUUGUACGAAUCUCAAUUCAAAUGUAUACUUUAACAUUUACCCAGAGUUGAUCAUAAUAACCCAAGACAAUAAUACAUGUCAUCUUCAAAACAUAUCUGUAUGCAUAAGUACGUAGCUUGGUAUAUUUUGGACACAACAUAUGUGUAAAAAUUUCGAAUAUCAGUUGUAUUCAAAACAAUAUCCAAUUUCGUUUCUAUUAUUUGUUCGAGUUGAUUUGAAGUCAGUACAUACCGUUUUUCCCGAAAAUCGAAAAUGAGACCUAGCCUGAAUUUUAAAAAUGAUUUCAAUAUAAGCCGCUCCUUAAAAUAAGACCUAGUCGACAGCGAAUUUAUUUUUAUCUAGUCGGUAGUAAGAAGGCUUUCCUACUACCUACAUAGAUUAAUAAUCUAUGGUCAGCAGUUCUUUUAAAUAAAAACGUGUUAUUUAUAACUAU